AUGAACGAGGACCUGAAUGCGUCUCUGGCCCAGGCCGAUGAGUUAUCCAGAGAGUUUAACUCUCUGUUACAGGAAGUCUCCCCCAGCACCCAGUCUGUUUCUCAGGUAAACACACACACACACACACACACACACACACACACACACACACACACACACACACACACACACACACACCUCAGCUAUUCAUAUCCAGAGCUCAGUAUCGGUGCUGUACUGUAUGUUCUCCUCCUCUCCCUACAGACUCCCUCAGGUCCUGUAAUCCCCAGAGAAAGACCCCAGCCCUCAACCUCAGAGAGACAGACAGGAGGCAGCUCCAGCACUCUCCCCUACUCCACCAGCUCCAGCACUCUCCCCUACUCCACCAGCUCCAGCUCUCUCCCCUACUCCACCAGCUCCAGCUCUCUCCCCUACACUCCCAGCUCCAGCUCUCUCCCCUACACUCCCAGCUCCAGCUCCAGCUCUCUCCCCUACUCCCCCAGCACUACCCUCCCCUACUCCACCAGCUCCAGCUCUCUCCCCUACUCCCCCAGCACUACCCUCCCCUACUCCCCCAGCUCCAGCUCUCUCCCCUACUCCCCCAGCACUACCCGCCCCUACUCCCCCAGCUCCAGCUCUCUCCCCUACUCCCCCAGCACUACCCUCCCCUACUCCCCCAGCUCCAGCUCUCUCCCCUACUCCCCCAAUACUACCCUCCCCUACUCCACCAGCUCCAACCUGGAUUCCAUAAUCUCCAGCAGUAAAGCUAGGCCCUCCUCCCCUGUCUUCUCCCCCCACCAGCUCACCCCUUCCCAGGCACAACGGGACAGAUACUCUCUCCCGCCCUCCCAUCGCUCUGGAGGUUUUGACCCCAACUACUCCUAUGAUCAGCUGACCCCUCCCAACCAAUCACCUCGUACCCAGCGACGUGCGUCUCCCUCUCCGUCUCGCCAAAUGACCUACGACCGCAGCCCACAGGGAUCAAUCAGCUACAUUGAUUCAAGCCCCUCCCCUCCUUCCCAUGCUCCUGGCUACGACCAAUCACAUCGGGGGAGGGUACAACCCUCACAGCCCUUGUCCAAUCUGCUGUCCCCGUAUGACUCUGCUACCAUGGGUCAGACGUCCCCACGACUGGGCCGAAGCCGCUCCCCUCGCCAAUUCAGCCAACCAGCAGCAUCCAGCACCCUGCCACGGAACUUUGUGCCUUUCAGUCCGUCUGGUGAGUAGCCUACUGUAGCUACAGCGCAUUUGGAAAGUAUUCAGACCCCUUGACUUUUUCCACAUUUUGUUACGUUACAGCCUUAUUCUAAAAUUGAUUACAUUAUUUUACACAUCAAUCUACAUAAUAAUAAUAAUAAUAAUAAUAACCCCAUAAUAACAAAGCGAAAAAAAAAUAAAUAUUUUUUUAAUUUAUAA